UCCACAUGUCAAAGUCUGCUUGAUCAUUCAGCACAGAUGCACCUACAUACCACCAGGGAUACUGUUAUUUCUCGCUCCGUCUAUGGAUCGUAGAGGAAGAACGUUAAGCGAGACGCUCGUUCAUGUGCGCCAGCCUCAGCGCAUUCACGACACCGGUACAUUGGCUGCAUGAUGGCUGAGGGAGGCGGACCCGAGUCGAGCAGCGCGGCAGAGUCCGACUCAGAGCCGGUAGCCGCACAAAUGCCUACCCCGUCAAUAGAAAACCAAAAACAGUCUAUAGGAACACUGUUGAAAACAACGUUAAAAAAGGGCAACGAAUGGUAUCUUAUAGACAGUCGGUGGUUCAAACAGUGGAAGAAGUAUGUUGGAUUUGACAGCUGGGAUAUGUACAAUGUUGGAGAACGUAGCCUCUAUCCAGGACCAAUUGAUAACUCUGGGCUGUUCUCAGACCAGGAGACUCAGACCCUGAAAGAGCACCUUAUAGAUGAGCUUGACUAUGUCCUCGUACCCACUGACGCAUGGAAUAAGCUUGUUAGCUGGUAUAGUUGCCUUGACGGCCAGAGACCCAUUGUCCGAAAGGUGGUUGAACAUGGCAUGUUUGUGAAGCACUGUAAGGUGGAAGUCUAUCUGCUUGAGCUCAACUUGUGUGAGAAUGACAACUUGGAAAAUGUAGUCACACGCCAUUUCAGUAAAGCUGAUACCAUAGACACUAUAGAGAAAGAGAUGAGGACAUUGUUCAACAUCCCUUCAGAGAAGGAGACCCGACUCUGGAACAAAUACAUGAGCAACACCUAUGAGCAGCUGAACAAGCCAGACAGCACAGUACAGGAUGCCGGUCUCUUUCAGGGACAGGUGCUUGUGAUUGAACGCAAGAAUGAGGACGGCACGUGGCCCAGGCAAGCUUCGCAUCCCAAGUCAAGUGCAACUCCAUCUAGGAAUUUUACUACAUCUCCAAAACUUUCCUCAAAUUCAUCAGUUGGUGUAUCCCCAACAGUAACCAAUGGCGACAGCAGCAGUAGCCCUGGAUAUGCUCUUAAUAACAGCACUUCCUCAAGCAACAGAUUUGGGGGAUACAAUUCAUAUAGCUCCUCCUACAACUACAGAGAUUCACAAUCACAGCCUGGCCUCUGUGGUCUCAGUAAUCUGGGCAAUACAUGCUUCAUGAACUCUGCUCUCCAGUGCCUGAGCAACGUGUCUCCACUCACAGAGUACUUCCUCACAGACCAGUAUGAAGCAGAGAUUAACCGAGAGAACCCUCUGGGAAUGAGGGGUGAGAUCGCCGAGGCUUACGCAGAUCUGGUGAAGCAGAUGUGGAUGAGCCGUAGCAGUUAUGUGGCUCCGCGUACCUUCAAAACCCAGGUGGGACGCUUUGCUCCACAGUUUUCAGGCUACCAGCAGCAGGACUCUCAGGAGUUGUUGGCCUUCCUGCUCGACGGACUCCAUGAAGAUCUGAACCGUGUCAAGAAGAAGCCAUACCUGGCCCUAAGGGAUGCAGAGGGUCGUCCAGAUGAUAUUGUUGCCAAGGAAGCCUGGACAAACCACCGCUUGCGCAAUGACUCCAUCAUAGUUGACAUUUUCCACGGCCUCUUUAAAUCCACAUUAGUGUGCCCGGAGUGUUCCAAAGUUUCUGUGACCUUUGACCCUUUCUGCUACCUCACGCUGCCUCUCCCUAUGAAGAAAGAUCGGACCAUGGAGGUCUUUUUGGUUCGAUCAGACCCUCAAUCGAAACCCACUCAGUACCGGGUGGUGGUCCCCAAAUUGGGAACAGUGACAGACCUUUGCAGCACCUUGUCCAGACUCUGUGGAAUUCCUCCUGAAAAGAUGGUGGUAGCAGAUGUUUACAAUCACAGGUUCCAUAAAAUUUACAGACGGGACGAUGCCCUCAACCAAAUAAUGGAGAAAGAUGACAUUUUUGUAUAUGAGGUCCAGGAGGAGGACAGCGAAAGGAUGAACUUGCCUGUAUAUUUCAGGGAACGCCACUCCAAACACGCUGUGAGCUCCUCCAGCACCUUGUUGUUUGGCCAACCUUUACUCAUCUCCGUGCCCAGGCAUAACCUGUUAGCUGACGUUCUUUAUGACAAGAUCCUGGAAAGGAUUGGACGCUAUGUAAAACAACAGCACAGUCCUAAUAGCGAAAGCAGAGCAUCAGCCUCCGCCACUUUAUCCAGCUGCAGCCAGGCUCCUGAAUGUUCUACUUCAUCCACCCUCAAUGCCAGCCUGGGUGGCUGUUGCAGCCCCCAGUCAGACGGGGCCUCUUGCAGUGCCAGCUCCAGUAAUGGUAGCAACCACUCGGGGACCUGCAAUGAAGCUAAUGGGGUGUACGAUGGUGAAGAGGAGGCUAUGGAUCACCAGGUCAGUCCUGAGCCAGAGAAUGGACAGUCUGAAGAAGAGGAGGAGAGCUCAGACUUGGAAAACGGCUCCAAAGGAGAUACAGCAAAGCUCUUCACUUUCAGCAUAGUCAACUCUUAUGGAACAGUCAACAUCAGCCCGCUGCCUUGUGAUGGAAAUGUCCUUAAACUUAACCCACAUUCUACUGUGGCGAUCGACUGGGACACGGAGUCAAAGAAACUGUUCUACGAUGAGCAGGAAGCAGAGGCAUAUGAGAAGCACGAGAGCAUGCUGCAACUUCAAAAAAAGAAAACAACUGUGGCUCUGAAGGAAUGCAUUGAGCUUUUUACUACAAUGGAGACCCUGGGAGAGCAUGAUCCUUGGUAUUGUCCGACAUGUAAAAAACAUCAACAGGCAACAAAAAAGUUCGACUUAUGGUCUCUGCCUCGCAUUCUGGUCGUCCACCUGAAGCGUUUCUCCUACAACCGAUGCUGGAGGGACAAACUUGACACAUUGGUGGACUUUCCCAUCAGGGAUCUAAACAUGUCGGAGUUUGUUUGUGACCCGAAAGCCGGCCCUUACGUCUACGACCUCAUUGCUGUUUCAAACCACUAUGGAGGAAUGGGAGGCGGUCACUACACGGCUUAUGGCAAGAAUAAAAUGGAUCGAAAGUGGUAUUACUUUGACGACAGCAGUGUCUCGUCUGCCUCAGAAGAUCAGAUUGUGACUAAAGCAGCCUACGUGCUCUUCUAUCAGCGCAGAGAAGAGGAAACCCCCUCAAAGCCCGACCCAUCGGCCUCGCUGGGAGGAGCUUCAGAGGCAGCCGAUGAUCACAUGGACACAAACUGAGGAGGCCUGACUAAUAAACACACACUGAAAACACAAGGCGAAUAGACACUUGGAUAUGCGCACACAGUGCUUCUUUAGUGGUAGAGGACUUCACAGACUUAUUGACACCUGCUUCCUCGCGUUUAUUUGAUGUCCGUCUCAUCUAUUUUCGUCUUCAACCAACGACCUUGUCAGAAGAGUGAACCGAGAGACUUCCUUCCUGCAGCAGGUGAUUGUAGCGUACUAGUCUGGGACUUAAGAGGAACACACAUAAAUACAGAAGCUCUCACCGGAUAAGCAGAAUGUUAGAAGUGCCCGCAAAUCCUUCUGUCGCCCAUGUAAACAUUGAGAAUUAUUUAAAAGAAAGAAAGCCAAAUGCUCAUAUUGUUUCAACCAAAGUGAUUCUAGGUAUUUAUGAAGAGAUGAUGCAGAAGUUAGCAGGGUACUGGCUUUGUGCCUAAAUUCAUUGUUGAAAUUCUCACCGUGUUGAUGUAAAUUUAAGUUUUACAGUGUGAUGUGUGCACCGAAUAAUACACGCCACCUUUAUGAGAAUAUUUGCUGCGUCCUAAUUGGUGGAUUCAUGGGUGCACGGCUGCAACAGCAAAGCUGAGGCAGCUCUGUGAUGCAUCAAGGUUUUUGACAUUGGACUUGACAAGUUGGAUCUAGUUGGCCUUGAUUUUUCCUUUUUUUUUUUUUUAUAAAGCACAGCUUGAACUUUGCUUUCUCUUGGGCCUGUUAUGAGAAGAUUGCUACCCUUCUACAAGUUUUGUUUUUUUAUAAUCUAAAUGAAAUAAGCGGCCUUUUUAUUCCUGCAAACCUGACAAAAAGGAGGCACUUUGAAAUCUUUACACAUAUGUAAUCUACCUGCUCCUGGUGUGUUUAGUCAGAAAGGUGUGGUGUGGCCCAUAGCGUUGAGGCUUAUUGUCUUUCAUGAACUUUCUAAAUCACUUUGUCUUUUUAAGGGUCAUUUGAUUGCUGUUGGAUCAGACCAGCUCAUCUCGCAAUAGCUCGUCCUCAUUAGUCACGUACGUUCAUGCAGCUCCGUACUGAAAUGCCUGUUCUUUGAUAUUUCAAAGCACACUGAGUGAAAGAAAUAAACUGGUAUAAAAGUGGUGUUUUUAUUCAUGGAACAUGGAAAUAAAUCUGUGCAUGUAACGCAAAACCUGAGCGAGGCAGCAAACUUACUGAAUAUUGGUAUUUGAAUCUGAAAACGCUGCUCAGCUGUUUUAUCUGGUGUUAUGGGGCGGCCAAAAGUGAUCCAGUAGAUUGAAAAGUUUAAAGUGUCUUAAAAAAGAUCAAGAUCGAGGAGGGUAGAAUACAUUCUCUUGUGCUCAACAUGAAAAAGGUCGUUCAGUACUUUUUACACGGUGUUGCUGUGAGGAAGAAGUUCUGCACUCUUUUUGCAUAAUAGCAUGUGUAUGUGAUGGGCCUUUCUAAAGCCCUGUUUGCUGGUUGGUUCUGACAUAGUUACACCUUUCAGAGAUGACUGCCUGUCUGGAAAAGAAUAAAAGAUGUAUUUGACUAGGAGAAGCUUUCUAUCUGUAAUCAUAUAGUCACUGUUGAGAAGACGAUUCUGCAAACGCAGACAUUUUCUGACAACAAAAACAACUCGAGAUGUAAAAACAAAAUCAUUAUUUUACGUAGGUGUAUAAAUUCUUGUCUGCAUAUUUAUCCAAGUUGUUUUUAAAUAAGAAGUAUUUGAACUAUAACAAUAAAGACUGGAAGCCUCAA